AUGCGCUUACUACUUCUCUGCAUCCUCCUCGUUGGAGUGACCCAGGCCGCACCUACAACAAAUACAACAAAUACUACUACUAACGACAGUCUUAAAGCACCAUCAUUCACGACAAGAACCCUAUGGAGCAUCAUUUCUAGCUCCGCUCUCACUAUUUUUGCAUGCGUCUACAGUGCCAUCCACCCCAAUAUCCCGAGUCCUAAGCACACCAGCCAGCUUCAUGGCCUAUGGCGACAAAUUCGCAUGGUGAUAAUGGCAUUAAUAGCUCCUGAACUGAUCGUCACCUGGGCUAUGCGACAGUGGUUCAGCGCUGAUCAAGUUACAAGACAAUUCAAGGAAUUGGGAUAUCCCAGCGUUCGUCCGGAAUCUGAAGAAAAGAAGUCUGUUGGAGCACCUGGAACUGAAAAUCGCUUCCUUCUCGACAUUCUCUUGGCUUUUGUUUGCCUCUUUCGACUGCUCGCUAAAGGUAUACUAUCUGUGCUGGUGUCUCUCUGGCGUGUCCUUUGUGCUCCUGUGAGGUGGGCCGCACGGUGGAUUAAGUCAGAGAAACCCGAGCCUGGUUUGGAAGAUUUUACGUGGACCCAGACGCACAGCUUCUUUGUGCUGAUGGGUGGUUUCAUGCUUUAUGCGAAUGGGAAACCCCACCGUACCGCAAGCCGUACACUACAACCAAAUCACAUUCUCACACUGAUACGUCAGAGGCGUAUCGACGUCCCUAUCCUAACGGCAGACCAGAUCCACGACAGGAGCAAAGGCAAUGCGAUAUCAAAAGGAUUGGUCAUCCUUCAAGUAGCCUGGUUUGUUAUGCAGCUCAUCACCCGCGCCAUCUAUCACCUAGAAACCACCCAGCUCGAAGUGGGCACACUCGCUUUUGCGGUUCUCAAUUUCCUGACUUAUGCUGCGUGGUGGGACAAGCCUCUCAAUGUGCAAUGCCCACAUCCAGUGUACUGGAAGUCAACCAAGUCAAAGUCAAUCGUGACGCCAGAGUAUGUCAUUGGUGUCAGUGAAGAAGAUAAAAUCGCUCAGUUUGGGAUCUUGGCUCCAGUCUUGCGCUCAAUGCUAGAACUGAUAGGCUUUCCUGGUAUUCCCCCAUCUCGAGAGCUCCAAGUUCCAACGUUUGAUGGUAGCAUCAAACUCGAACAAUUGCACAAACACGUUCUUUUGCUCGCUGGAUUACUUAUGGCAACUAUAUUUGGCGGUAUCCAUUGCAUGGCUUGGUUUUUUGCUUUCCCAACAUACCAGGAACGGGUGCUAUGGCGCAUGAGUGCCGUCGCUAUAACUUGCACGCCCUGGCUUGGUUUACUCACUGCACCGCUCCUUGCAGCUCUGGACGCGUCACUUACAUUGUUUAUCAUGCUCUAUGGAUCAUAUAUCAUGUUGUACAUCACAGCUCGUGGCGUCCUCUUGGUACUGAUGUUCACCACUUUACGCAAUCUUCCUCCUGACGCAUACCAAACGGUGUUGUGGACUAGUUUGGUGCCGCACUUAUAA